AUGAAUGCAUCUGGAAAUAAAUAUCAAAAGGGAUUUCUGGAUGCAGUAAGAAAUGGGGAUACUGCAGAACUUAAAAAGAUUCUGGAAUGCAGAGAAGGAAAAGUAAAUGUGAAUUCAUUUGACACUGAGGGACAAACGGCUUUGCAUCAAAGUUGUAUGAAUGGAAAUUUAAAACUUGUGAAACUUUUAGUUAAAUUUGGAGCGGACACAAGACUUGCUAACAGUGAUGGUUGGAAUCCUCUGCAUAUUGCAGCGUUCAGUGGACAUCAAGACAUUACCUUAUAUCUACUCCACGCAAAUAGGACUAUUCCACCAAAACGGUGA